GAUUGAAUGGCUGAUCUCUGUUUGUGCAGCGAUUUCUAAAUGCAUAACAGCAACAGGUGUUUCGUACCUGAGCACUGAAACGGAGCGUGUUCAUUGACUGAGCUUCUUCAGUUUGUGUGCAGUGAAUGUCGUGAUGGUGUGAUGCUGGUGCGAUGAGUAAAGAAAUAAAAGCGAUCGAUGGUAGUACGGUGCAUCGGAUAUGCUCCGGACAAGUAGUUCUAAGCUUGGCCAUAGCUGUAAAAGAGUUGGUCGAAAACAGCAUUGACGCAGGAGCAAAAAACAUCAGUGUCAAAUUGAAGGACCACGGCAGCAAACUUGUCGAAGUCGUCGACGAUGGGGAAGGAGUCGACGAGUCGAAUUUCGCCGCUCUCACCCAGAAGUACCACACGUCAAAGCUGCGCCAGUUUUCUGACCUCGAAGACGUGGCAACCUUUGGCUUCCGAGGGGAGGCUCUGAGUUCCCUCUGUGCACUUUGUGAUGUCACAAUUGCAACCCGUCACAAGGAUGCUGCGCAAGCAACACUGCUCAAAUACGACCACCACGGUGUCAUCACUUCCAAGUCACCCUGCGCCAGGGAUCGGGGCACCACGGUGAGCCUGCACAACCUGUUCACCACCCUGCCUGUCCGGCACCGAGAGUUUCUGGCCAACCUGAAGCGAGAAUUUGGCAAGAUGGUCACCCUGCUGACAGGCUACUGCCUCGUUGUCACCGAAGUCAACAUCUCAUGUGUCAACUUCACCGAAGGAGGACGCAAGCAAGUCAUCCUCAACAGCCAGGGUUCGCAGGCAGUUCGUGAGCGAAUAGCAACCGUGUAUGGUGCGAAAGAGGCUGCAAAGCUCCUGGAAAUACAGCAGUGCGCUCCCACUGAGGACAUACUGGAAGAGUUUGCACUCACGAAGUAUCUGGCUGAAGCUCCAAGCACAAGGAUAGAGGGCUACAUCUCCUCCUGUGCUCAUGGUUCAGGCCGAAGCUCUGCGGACAGGCAAUUUGUCUUUGUCAAUUCUCGGCCUUGCGAGAUGCCAAAACUCACAAAACUGGUGAACAGUACGUACCACACGUUCAAUCGUGACCAGUACCCAUUCCUGUUGAUCAACAUUCAUCUCGAAAGACAUUCUGUGGAUGUAAAUGUGACACCAGACAAGCGUUCAGUAUUCGUUCAUCACGAGAAGUACCUUUUAGCUAUUGUCAAGUGCUCACUCUUGGCUAUGUUCCGGCCAGUCGCAGCUACAUACGAGAGGCAGAGCCUUUCGUUGUCGCCUGCGUUGUCACAGUCGCAACAGAGUCCGAUGUCUUCCUACCUGAGCCCGCGGCUGCAGAACUUAAUACCUGCUGACAAGGGUGCAUUUAGCACUCCAGUGAAACGAACAUCGUCUGCACUGGGCACUCCAACUGUCAAGUCAUCUGCUGGUCUGCAGAGCUUCAAGUUUCGUCGGCUAGAAAGCAGGAGCCGUUUGCCGUUCACACCUCCAUCUAGCGACUCCUCGCCAAGCUGCUCCCAGUCCACAGUUUCUGCAAAUACUCAAGGUUCAAGUACAUCAGAGUCUCUCGAACCUCUGUGCUCGGACGAGGAAGUGCUGCUUGAGGACCCUGCUGGUCUUUGGAGCUCACCUGAGAACAUUGGGAGUCUCCGUAGGAGAGCUAAAGUGUCACCUGACAUCGGCAGCCUCACACCAUCUGGCAACACUAAAUGCCGAGAUGGCUCGCCACCUCUGGCAUUGCAUGAUUCGACAACACAAGGUGCACAGCGCAGUGAAGAAGGGCAGCCAGGGCCAGCCACAAGAUUUGGCUUCAAUGGAACCAUGGAAGUAGAAUCUGAAGGAACUGCUGAAGAUGAAGGUGGCGACAACUUAGAAGAAAACAACAGCUUGUGCAGUGUGGAAAACGAAGAGAAACCGCAGGAUGAUGAGACAGACAAAGCCUCUAACAUCAGCUGUAAGAGCCUAGCCCAGCGUAUCAGCAGUGCGAAAUGGGAUUCAUCUAACAAACCUGCUGCGGAAAAGUUAUCUCGAGGUUUCCGGGCAGCCAUCACACCUUCUGAUAAUGCGGCAGCUGAGAAUGAACUGAGUAGGCAGAUUAGCAAGGACAUGUUUGAAGAGAUGAAGAUAAUUGGCCAGUUUAACCUCGGUUUCAUCAUCGCACAACUCGGCGAAGACCUCUUUAUUGUUGACCAGCACGCCGCCGAUGAAAAGUACAACUUUGAGAUGCUUCAGCGUGACGUCGUCAUGGAAACACAACGGCUACUUAUGCCUCAGGCACUUGAGCUCACGGCUGUUAAUGAAAUGGUCCUCACUGAAAACCUUGAGAUAUUUGAGAAGAAUGGCUUUGGAUUUGAGGUGGACGAGUCACUGCCUCUGGGCCAGCGUGUCCGGUUAGUCAGUGUCCCUGUCAGCGGCAGCUGGCAAUUCGGCAAGGAAGAUGUGGAUGAGCUCAUCUUCAUGCUGAGUGACAAUCCUCAUACUGUGUGCAGGCCAUCCAAGCUGCGUCAGAUGUUUGCCUCACGUGCCUGUCGAAAAUCGGUCAUGGUUGGAACAGCCUUGACUGUGCUUACCAUGAAAAAGGUUGUCAGUCAUCUUGGUGAACUGCAUCACCCUUGGAAUUGCCCACAUGGGAGGCCAACGAUGCGUCACCUGAUAAACAUGUCAAUCCUGCCGGACUGAGAGGUGUGUAAAUACGAUUAAAAGAGGAGGCUAACGAAGACAACACUCUUAUACGUGAAAGCACUUAGUCUUUAUUGGCUAGAACUCUGUGGCCGUAAGGUACACAAUGCAACUAAGAUGAAAAACAAAAACAAAAUAAAAGCUGUAACAAUGGUUGCACUCACAACCGGCAUAUUUAAAACAUUUUGUAAAUAAAACAGGAACUGAACACAAUACCCAAAGCAACUGAAAUCAGGCUUUCUGCAUGUAGAAAGCACCGUUUCUAAAAAAAUAUAAUCUUUUAAUCACACACGGCUGUUUACAUAAAUACAGAGAAUGUUCACAACGCACGUCACUCUGUGGCCAUUAGGUAUUCAUUACAAAUUGUGUUAAUGAGUAAACUGCAUUUUUUUUUAACCGAGAGCAUAUCAUCGAGCCAACAAAUAUGCUGUUUUUGUAUAUAUUGUAAGCAAAACCUUGAUUUUGCUGUACAGCAUC